GGCUGCGGUCCGGUACUUGCCUGCUCCUGCAUACAUGACCGCGCCUGGGAAGCAAUGGACACCACCGCCUGGCCUGCCGUCUCCCCUCCACGCACGCCUAAACUCCAUCACGCACCCUUGAUCAACGCCGUCCCUUGAAACCCCUCCGCCAUCCGUCGCAGCCCUCAGGUCCCAAGCCACACCUCACCUGAACAACGCCAUAGCUAAAGUGGGCACGCGCACGUCCAGCCUGCUUUUCAGCUCUCCUCUUCUCUACCGCUGACUGCCCGACCCCACAUCCUUCACCAUGGCGAUCGAAAGCGUCAGGAAGCGACAUCCACCUGGAUCCGUCCCCGUCAUAGAGAAGCUCAAGGCGCAGAGGUCGGCCAAGUCUACAACAUCGCAGCCACAUCCAGGCGGGGAGAUCAAGCAUGGCGCAUGGAAGCAGGCCCUGCGCAUGUGUCUCUUUGCCGCCUACUUCAACAGCAGCAUCAUGGCUAUCGCCAUCACCCAGUACAUUGGCGCGCCGCUGUACUUCUUCAGCAAGGACUUGUUUUAUGCCUGGAUGGCCAUGUCGAAGCAGCACUUUGGGGUUGUCUCGACCACAAUGACCUACUGGUGGGCGCCUGUCAAGAUGAGGAUAAGCGGGGAUGAGAGUGUCAGAGGCCAGUUCAGAAAGACAGAAGACGGGAGAUUAGAGUGCGAUUUUCCAGAACGUAUGGUCUUGGUAUCCAACCACCAGAUCUACACUGACUGGGUCUACCUCUGGUGGACGGCCUACACAUCCUCCAUGCACGGCCACCUCUACAUCAUCCUCAAAGAAUCCAUAAAAUACAUACCCGUCCUCGGCACCGGCAUGAUGUUCUACGGCUUCGUCUUCCUCUCCCGGAAAUGGUCAACAGACAAGGGGCGCUUCCAGCACCGCCUGCGCAAAUUAAGCACCAGCCACGACGGGCCCAUGUCCGGCUCCAAGGGCCUCGAUCCCAUGUGGCUCCUCAUCUUCCCCGAAGGCACCAACCUCUCCAUCAACGGCCGCAUCGCAAGCAAGAAAUGGGCAGACAAGAACAACAUCCCCGACCUGCGCCACGCCCUGCUCCCCCGCAGCACAGGCCUGUCCUUCUGCCUGCAAGAGCUGAAGACAACAGUCGACUACAUGUACGACUGCACCGUCGCCUACGAAGGCGUGCCCGUCGGCGAAUACGGCCAAGACCUCUUCACCCUCCGCGGCUCCUACUUCCAAGGCCGACCCCCCAAAUCCGUAAACAUGCACUGGCGCCGCUUCCCCAUCGCAGACAUCCCCACCCACGCCGAAGACGCCUUCUCCGACUGGCUGCUCGCCCGCUGGCGCGAGAAAGACGACCUCCUCCAGUACUACGUCGAGAACAACCGCUUCCCCGCCGAUGAGGGCGUGUCGCCGAAUAAAAACGGGGGCUUGCCGUUGAAGGGCGCCGGCUGGAUUGAGACCGAAGUUCGCCCUGUGAGGUGGUUUGAGUGGGCGCAGAUUUUUGUUCCCGCGGCGGCGUUGGCGUUGGUGGUUAAUGUGCUGUGGAAGGUUGUGCUGUUGGUGGGGAGGAUGAGGGCGUGAUGUUGUGGGGUGUAGUAGGGGAUGUAUAUCUUGUAUGGGUGGGCGGAUUUGUUGGUUAUGGGUGGACUGGACUGGAGGCUUUUUUUUCUUUUGGCAAGGCACUUGAUACCCCCGUUGAUUGCAUUGCGUUGUGUAUAGAAUGAGAAUUAGAAGAGUGAAUGAGAGGGCGGUACUCUUUAGUGUUUGCAUGGCUAUUUAUUCGAGUUAAAACACUUGCUGAUUUUGACGUGGAGGCGCCAUAUUAGGUGGCUCUUGGAUUGACGUCAAAAACUGAAAGUAAGCUGAAGUUUUUAGAGGAUCGAAAAUAGAGCAGAUAAAGAGAGACAGCGGAU